GAUCUAGGACGUCACGAAACGAAAGCUCAGAAAACAGAAAGUGAGGUUAGGUAAAAAGUAAACUGUCCAUGUGACUUGACUUACUGAUAUUUGUUUUGUAUAGGAAUUCAAGAUGGUUAAAACGUCACAUAAACGUUUCAUGAAGAAGGAGAAGAAUAAAGUGAAGCUGAAAGGCCAGAGACUGCUUCCAAAAGGUCAAAAUGUUACAAAUACUAAUUUCAAAGUUAAGAAAAUUGUUAUAAAAGAGCAACUUAAGGAAGCAGGAGACUCCGAGCUUUUAUCAAAGAAAAAAUUGAAUGUCAAGGAGUUGGUAUCCCGACUAACCCAUCACAAUGUGGGCAUGCGAAGAGAGGCACUGUUGGGACUCAAGCAGACCGCAGAGAUUUGUACGUCGGAAGCGUUCGUUCGCCAUUUGCCGACAAUGCUGGAGAGUGCGGCCAGCCUGGUGAUAGACAGAGACAGCGAUGUUCGGGCCGAUGCGCUCAAACUUCUCCGUGCAGUUCUCGCCAAGGUAUAAUAAUUAAUAUUCCUAAAUUCAACUAAAGUGUAAAACACCAAACACCUUAAUUCAACUAAACUAACUAUGCUAGAGAUAUAAAUAAACAUAGAAACAAGUUGUGAGUUAACAAUUUUAAAAAGGGUACUUAGAUUUCUAUUUUUAUUAAAAAAAAUUGUAACUAACCAUUGCAUGUAAUAUUGUAAUUUAUCUAAUAUUUUGUGUAAUUGAUGUUGUAGUUUUAGUUUUUUUUGGGAAAUAAACAUUUUAUUUAUUUAUUUAUUUAU